GCCGGGGUGAUGCAAGCUUUUUUUAUAUUCCCCAUUGCUUUUCACGCCCCUCGUCCCCGAACUCCAUUUGCUCUAAGAUCUGCUUUCCCCUUUCCCCACUUUUCCCCAGGAUUGAGCUUUGCUGCUCCGUAAUAUCCUUCCUUUCAUGCGGGAAACACGGGUGCUCCUACGGACAUCGGAUAACGGAGAUGGUGCGAAGUCCGACUUUAUCCCCGUACACGUCCUACUCGCCUUUUGCCCUGGCUGCACUUUGCAUACCCCCUUUGCAUGGCAAGCACUGUUCGGGUCAGAUGCCAGUUGAUCAAGAUAUACUAUCCCACCGCCGAAGGUCCUUUAGUGCAGGACGGCUCCGCGUGCUUGUUUCAUCUCCACCGGCAAGGGAACAGACGAGUUGCACAAGAUAAGCAUUGACCCUAUUGGGCCGUGCCCGACAUCAGGAGAUAGUCUUUCUUCG